AGUUUAUUGAAAGCAAAUGUCAGUCAAUAGUUUGUUAACCAUUGUACCUUAAACUGUAAUGGUACCUACAAUUCUUCUCAUACGUCACCUCGCAUACUGUACAAUAAAGACAGCUUAGCUAAAGUUUAAUAGGUGUAUAGAGUUUUUCUUUGUCUGUUUUGAUCUGAAUAGCAGGUAAAACAAAACUGUUGAGCAAUCGUUCAUCUGCUUUAUUUAGUCUGGGGUGAUUACCAUGCGUUUUCUUUGAGUCAGACAGAUAUACAAGAGGCUACACCUUUUCCCCUAACACACACACACAGCAAAUGAAACACGACUCCCUGAACUGUUGCUUGACGCAGACAUUUGGAUUCCCACCCCAUUCCGCAGUGGAAUAUAGGGCUCUAUUUAUAGAGCUGGUGGAGCCCGUGGCCCUGAGCUGGGCAGAACGCACUCAUUAAAACCACUUUCCCAAGUACACAUCAGCUUAAAGCCCAUUCCCGUGCGCGAGAGUGGAAACACAGCAAUAGAGUUCGAGAGUAAACAGUGUUAGCAAAGGAAGAAGCUGGAGGUCUACUGAUACCCUCAACAUGUGGGAUAUCCAUCGGACCUUACAUGACUAGACACUGCUUCAGCUGUUUGUCUUGAAGGUGACAUCCAACUUGCGUGGAUCUUACUUUCAUUACGAUCGUCCAACACAGAACUCAAGACCUGCAAAAACAAGGUGACUGAAGAUUAACAUAAUCAACAGCCAUGGUUUGAACUUCAUUCAAAUCUCUCUACAUUUGGUUUGAAAGAUUUAGCCAUUUUUUAAAAAGAGCCGAAAGUACUGCAAAGAAAAGAAAAAGGAAGAACAUCCCGAGUGCUUUUUGGGGUUGUAAUCGGAUCCCACACACUCUGCAGUAAUUAUAAAGCAGCGCUGGGAAGCAGUAAAGGAGAUUUGUCAUUAAGGCUGCCUAAAUAAAGAGGUUGGCAAAGGGCGAGGUUUGUGGAUUCCUCCGAACGCUUCAUCCAGAUCCACCCAGAGCUGCUCAUGGACCCCCAGGGAGGCCACUAUCUGAACAAGUCGGCGGUGCUGUCAUGCCUUGGCGCUGCCCGAAUGUGCCAGCUGCUCCUAGGCUGCACCACUAUGGCUCUAGUAGCCCACAGUGCAGGCUUCAGCGCAACCUAUGGCACUUUCUGCAUGUUCGUCUGGUGCUUCUGCUUUGCGGUCACUCUUCUAGUCUUUACCCUGGAUGUCACCAGGUUACAUGGGUGCAUGCCUAUCUCCUGGGAUAACUUCACUGUGGCCUUCGCCAUGCUGGCGACUCUCAUGUACGUCACGGCUUCAGUUGUGUACCCGGUGUACUUCCUGAGGUCUGACUGCCCGUCGCAAGGCUGCGAGGUGCGAAACUACCGUAUCGCCGUCACCGUCUGCUCCAGCGUCUGCUGCUUCGCCUACGGAGCUGAGGUGUUCAUCACACGGGCCAAACCGGGACAUGUGGUUGGAUAUAUGGCCACCGUUUCAGGCCUGCUUAAGGUAGUCCAAGCCUUCAUCGCCUGCAUCAUCUUCGGUGCUCUCCACAAUGACAGCCAAUACAACCGGCACAUCCCUACGCAGUAUUGCGUGGUGGUCUACAGCUUGUGCUUCGCCGUGACCGUAGUGGUGGUGGCGCUCACCGUCUCAGGCAGAACGUCUUCCCUGCGUUUCCCUUUCGACAGAUUUGUGGUCAUCUACACCUUCUUGGCGGUGCUGCUGUAUUUGAGUGCUGCCGUGAUCUGGCCGGUUUUCAGUUUCGAUAAGAAGUAUGGAGCCCCGGGGAGACCGGACGACUGUCCUAAAGGAAAGUGUCCAUGGGACAGCAAGCUGGUGAUCGCAGUGUUUACUUGUGCCAACCUGGUGCUGUACUUCACCGAUCUGGUCUACUCGCAAAGAAUACGAUUCGUGUUGAGUUCUGCAGCAUGAAGCCAUCUUGUUUUUGAUGUGGUUGGACUUUUACUGGAGUACUGGAAAUGAGGCAGGGAGAGCCUAAAAUAUACAGUGGUGUGCGCGCUAGUGUAUUUGUAGGUAUAGUUCAACCCAAAAUGAGUACUCGCCCUUGAGUGGUUCCAAACCUUGAGUUUCUUUCUUCAGUUUAACACAAAAGAGGACACUUUGAUGAUAGAUUUAAACCUGUAACUACUGACUUUACGUAGUAGGAAAAACAGAUACAGUUGAAGUCAGAAUUAUUAGACCCC